ACAAAAUCUACCGGCGUCCGGCUGUCAACUCGAAAGUCAAUAAAACGGCGCUAUCAAACAAAUUCUAGAAUAAAAUCAAGUAAUAUUGUGUAGAACGCACGCAGUGUUAUUGAUAUUCACAUAUUGUUAUAUUCAUUACUGCAAAGGGAAUUAUUUGGCGGAAAAUAGGUUACGGAUCCAUUCAAUAAUGCUAGCGUACAUAACAGUAAUUUGUUUUGUAAUAACAUUCUUAUCCUCGAACAUAGUUUCGGCGGAUAAGGGUUCAGUUGAAUUAAGUGAGUAUACUUUCGAUAAAAUUGUAAGUAAAUUCGACGCUGCAUUAGUGAAAUUCGACGUGGCAUUUCCUUUUGGAGACAAACAUGACGCUUUUGUAGCGCUUGCCCAGGAAGCAAAAGAACUCGACGAGUUACUGUUCGCCGAAGUAGGAAUAAAAGAUUACGGCGAAAGGGAGAAUGAAAUACUGGGCCUCAAGUACGGAGCCACUAAGGAAAGCUUUCCAGUAGUAAAACUAUUUCUGAAAGGGAAGAAUGAACCAAUUAGUUUUGACGAAACCAAAGGUUUCACAAGUGAAGAGUUGCGACGUUUUGUACGCGAUAACAGUGGAAUAUAUUUAAGCCUGCCUGGUUGUAUCAGGGACCUGGAUACUCUAGCGAUUAAGUUUCAGAAUUCCGCUAAAGAGGAAAGGGAGAAAAUCUUAAAGGAAACAGAGAAUGUUGUAGAAAAAUUGGAUACUCAGGAUGCAGCUACAGGAAAGAUUUACAAAACAAUAAUGCAGAAGGUUCUGGAAAAAGGUGAUGAAUUUAUUGGCACAGAAAUAAAUAGAAUUAAUAAGUUACUGACUGGCAAAAUUUCAAAUGAAAAGAAGAAAGAAUUGGCUUCUAGAAUCAAUAUUCUUCAGUCAUUUUCUUUUUCAUCUUCAAAUAAAAAAGAUGAGCUAUAAAUAAAUUAAUAUUUAAUGAGCACUUGUGUCUUGUUCCCUAUGAUAAGCAAUAGCAUUUGUCUAUACACUAAUCAACUUGGGUGCCUAAAAUUAAAAUUUUUAAAUAUAAUAAUGAUGCAAUAGGCAUGAAUUUUGUGCUCAACUUACACACACAAUUUGAUGUGUGUACAUUUUAUAUACAUUAGUUACUUUUGAAAAUACCAUUGACAACAUAAUGUGUACUAACAAAACAUCUCAACUUUUUUUCAUUUUUAUUAUUUUACCAUUAUAUUUGGUACUUUUAGAUUUGUAUAUAAUGUUACAUUAAUAUAUUUUGUUAAUGAAGCAGUUUGAAUGACUUGUGACACUUAAAAUGUGUGACAAUUUAAUAGAUUUCCUUUAGACUUUUAGAAUUAGAUGAAAUAUUCUCUUUGAAUUCCAAAACUACCAGUAAAUAAUAUACCUAUUCUUAUAUUCCAUAGUCACAGUCACAACUCAUUGUUUUUGCCAAAGUAUAUAAUGAUGUGAUAGCAAUGCGGCUGAUAAGUCACAAAUUAAUGUGUAAAUUAUUAUAAUUUAUUUUAUGCCAGUUACAAACGCUACAUUUAUACACACAAUGAUUAUUGGGUAUAAAUACUAAAUUUAAAGCAAGUUAUUAAAACCAAAACAAAAUAUUAAUAAUAUACGAGUUACAUUCCAUAUAAUUUAUUGCACAUGCAACUUUCUUAUUUGAAGUCUGACUUUACAACAAGCAAGUUUUAUCUGAUAUGAGUAGUUAUUUAAUUUAAUAGGUUUAUGAUUCUCAUAAUAUGAGUGAUGAUUGCAAUAAAAGUGUGUAAUUUUAAUUAAAA